CAGCGGUGGUGUUGAUACAGCGCGUGUUCAUACGAGGAAGAUGCUAGCGACCGUGCGUUCCAUUCAGAAGCCCGUGGUAAACACGGGGCUGCGCGCCUUCAGCGUGCCGGCCUACAACCCAGACCUUAAGUCUCAGGCGACCAAGCCCAAGAACAUCAAGUACUUUAAGAUCUACCGCUGGGACCCCGAGUCCAAGGAAAAGCCGUACCAGUGCACGUACCCUGUGGACUUGGACGACUGCGGCCCUAUGGUGCUGGAUGCUCUGAUUAAGAUCAAGAACGAACAGGACCCGACGCUCACGUUCCGCCGCUCUUGUCGUGAGGGUAUUUGCGGCUCGUGUGCUAUGAAUAUUGACGGUGGUAACACGCUGGCGUGUCUGAGCCCCAUCAAGAAGAACAAGGACGUGAGUAGCAUCCACCCGCUUCCGCACAUGUUCGUCAUCCGCGACCUGGUGCCGGACAUGAACAACUUCUACGACCAGUACACGUCCAUCAAGCCGUGGCUGCACUCGGACAAGCCUCGUAAUGUCAACCACGAGCACCUGCAGUCCAUCGAGGAUCGUAAGAAACUCGACGGCAUGUACGAGUGCAUCCUCUGCGCGUGCUGCAGCACCUCGUGCCCCAGCUACUGGUGGAACCCCGACAAGUACCUUGGCCCUGCUGUGCUGAUGCAGGCGUUCCGCUGGAUUGAGGACUCGCGUGACGACAAGACGGAGGAGCGUCUACGUGCGCUCGACGACUCGUUCAAGCUGUACAAGUGCCACACUAUCAUGAACUGCACUCGCACAUGUCCGAAGGGCCUGAACCCGGCUCAGGCCAUCGGCAAGAUCAAGACCCGACUCGCCAGUCUGCACUAAGCUUGUGCGUAAGGGUGCAUUCAAGUGACGGGAGCGUGGGGCGUCUUAGAUACCACCGCGGC